AUGCUCCUCGUGGCUCCCGAGGGCAAAGUUGUCCAGUUUGAUGGCCCGGAUCCGAACGCCAAUGCUACCGAAACCUACUUCGUCGGCGAUUUGCGAGUGAUAGAAGAACAGAAAAACCUUGGAGAUUGUGGCGGGGAAGUCGACCUGCAGCGGAACGAGAAUGGCCGGUAUCACGGGCUCUCGAAGCAACUCCUGGUGCAGAUUUGCUUCGGGCGAGGGGACACCGACAGGAUUGCUUUUGAAUUCACCGCCAACACAAAACCCGACCACCCAAUGUUCGCCUCCCCAGGCGUUGGUCACGUCAAGGCGUUCACGCUGCAGUUGGACGGCUUCGACGAAGAGGCAUGGAAUGAUGUUAUGACUGUGUGGAGUGCCCAGCAGCAGCAUUCCAUGGUCAUCUUUUCCGAGAAGUUCAAGGUGCGCUCCGGACCGGCCCCAGCAGCAUUUUCACUAGAGAUGGGGUGGCUUCCAAAAACGUGUCGCUGUUUCGAGGACUCCGACAGCUUAUUGCUGGAUGCCGGAUCGGACCCGAAGAAAUGGGCGAACGCAUACAAAGUGCUGGCGCCAAAGCAUUGCCCUCCAAUGGACUGCUGGAUACAAUUUACGGUUGAUCAUGACCACGAUAUGGAUAUAUUGAUUGACCGCAGCAAGGCAAAUUACGACGAAAAAGUGGACUUACGUAUGACGAUGAUGCCGGGCUCGCCCAUCGUCGAUGUGACCGAACGAAUCCUGCACCCCGACCGGAUCGGGAUGGGUUACUGGGAAUCGAGUCAGAAUGCGGAGCACUACAAACUAGCAAAGCGUUUAUACCUGCACGUCUCCUCCGUCAAAACCGUCGUUGAAGCCGAGGACAGUUCCGGGGUGUUGGAACAUCUCUAUGUGAAGGUGAUGGCCAAGCCGAGUGAAUAUUGUGACAUGCUGGAUUGUUUCUUCGUUUUCCGAGCCGCUCCUGGUGCUCCCGGCUUUAAGAUCAACGGCUCCGAAAUCAAGUUGGAAAGGGACGGCGAUUUGUUGCUGACCGGCACGCUGUGCGGUGCUGUAUUUCCGGCAUAUGUCGGAUAUCGACACUGGAGAUCCGAGGCGUCAAUCCCGUUUCUGACACCGAUUAUCUCGAGGUUUCGCCGAAACGACGAAAGAGUAGAUAUCGUGAGACCAACCAUCAACCCCAACGAAUACCUGGUGGAUGUUCGA